AUCCGGAGCUGAUAUAUUGCUGAACAGUGUGCGGAGAUAUUCAUGGACAAUAUUAUGACCUUAUGAAGAUAUUUGACGUUGGUGGCUCGUUUGCGGAAACGAGCUAUCUUUUCCUCGGGGAUUAUGUGGAUCGUGGUUAUUUCAGUAUUGAAUGCUUGUUAUAUCUUUAUGCACUAAAGCUUUGGUAUCCCGAUCGUCUCUUCCUGCUGCGUGGCAACCACGAAUGCAGACAUCUAACAGAGUACUUCACCUUCAAACGGGAAUGCCUCCACAAGUACUCCGCGACGGUUUACGAGGCGUGCAUACGCUCGUUCCAGGCGCUGCCCAUCUCGGCGCUCUUGGACGGAAAGUUCUUCUGCGUACAUGGGGGUAUCUCGCCCGAGCUGAUGAAACUGUCCGACAUCGACAAGGUUGACCGCUUUGUGGAGCCUGCAUCUGUAGGCCUUUUGUGCGACUUGCUUUGGUCGGACCCAAUGCCAGGUUAUGGCGAAGAGCAUAAACCUACAUAUGAACGUCCGCACGGGGUCGCACCCGGUACCACGUUCGAACCCAAUCACACACGAGGAUGCAGUUUCUACUUCACGUAUGAGGCUGCGUGCCAGUUCCUCGAGCGGAACCACCUCCUGGGUAUAUUCAGAGGGCACGAGGCUCAGGAUGCGGGGUACUGCAUGUCUUAUCCACCGUACUUUCCGGACAACCGGAAUGGGCUGACUCGUCUCGAACGCGUUUUCAGGUACACAAUGCACCGCAAGACGCCGACGAAGAAGUUCCCGUCGCUCAUCACGGUGUUCAGCGCGCCAAACUACCUGGACGCGUACCACAACCGCGGCGCGAUCAUCCGGUACAAGGACAAGAGCAUGACGAUCCGCCAGUACAACGCGACGUCGCACCCAUACUGGCUCCCGAACUUCAUGGACGCGUUCACGUGGUCGCUCCCGUUCGUCGGUGCGAAGAUCACGGAGAUGCUCCUCGCUAUCCUUGCGGUGUGCUCAGACCACGAGCUCGAGGAGGCGAGCCAUACGUCCUCGGAGGAGGACGAGGAUCGCGCGAGGACGUUGGCAGAGAUCGAAGAGGACGACGAGGAUCGCGCUCAUCCGAGCGAGAGGAGACAGGAAAUCAAGAACAAGAUUCUGGCUGUAGGCAAGAUGCAGCGCGUAUUCCAGCUACUCCGACAAGAAGCGGAGAGCGCUACGGAACUCAAUCCUUCUAUGCCAGGAGCCCUGCAGGCACCUGGUGCAUGGCCUGGCGGCUUUGCCCCACCUACUCCCGCGCCUGACGCGCUCGGCGUGCAGACCGCCAACAUGCGACGGUACAUCCGGUCCUUUGACGACGCACGGCGGUCCGAUAUCGCGAACGAACGACUGCCCCACUACGCGCCGGCCUUGCUCCCAUUUGUACCCGUGCCGAGCAUGCGACUGCCGGGGCUUGGGAACGGUGAAGAGGGCCAUGAGGAGCAGGUCAGCAUGGAGGUGUUGAUCCGGCACGCGCUGGAGGAGGAGGGUCUCAGUGAUGGAGGCGUCGUGGAGCGGCUCGCAGAGAGGAUCGCACGAGGGCGAAGGUCGGGCGGAAGGCCGAGGGGGUUGAAGCGCUUCGAAACUGCGCCGUGAGGAAGGUACUGUAAACAUCAUCGAACGACUGUCUGUUGUUGUACCGUGUAUCGU